UAACCACUAAGUUUCUCUCUAUAUAAACCCACCUUCUGCUCUUCUUCUGAUACUUGUGCUAUACAUUACACAUUUUCUCUCUCUCUUUCUCUCUCUUCCACUUUCCCAAGAAAAUUCUCAUUCAGACUUUAUCAAUGGAGGCAUUGAAGAUGAGGUUGUUUUUGGCCAUGGUGAUUGUGGUUUUGGCUGUGUCAACUAGGGUUCAAAUUGUUGCAGCUGCUGAUGCUCCAGUUCCUUCUCCCACUUCUGAUGCCACCAUCUUUCUCCCAACCUUGUUUGCUUCUCUUGCAGCUCUAGCAUUUGGGAUGCUAUUCUAAAUUCUUUUGAUUUUCUUUUUGAAUCGUGUGAUCAUGUAGAAAGAGAGCACUCUUUGGGUGGACAGACUGAUAUUGGUGUUAUUAAUGUCAUUUAAUUUUGUAUAAUUGAGGUUGAUUUGUUUGAUGGUGAUCAGUUAAAAAUAUAUGGCUAUUUCCUGAUUAAUUGUUCCAGUUAUUGAA